AUGCCGUUUUCAAAAUCUCCGCCCUGCCAACGCACAAUCCGCAUGCGAAGCGGUCUCAUAGAGAAUCUUCGGACCUCACGUGCCAAAGACCCGACAACGUCUACGUCUCCCACUCUCGCCCCUGCCGCAAAUCCCGUCCCCGUCACCGCCGACCGCACGGUUACUGUCCCGCCGCCGUCACCACCCACUGACACCAUCCGCUCUACACAUCUAGCACAUCUUGCACGUCUACCAUGUCUGGCCCAAUGCCCAGCCCGCCGCCCAGCGUGCCCAUCAACAGCAACGCCAGAACCACCACUAUCACCGAAACCAACUCUGACACUCCUGAUCUAUCCUACCUACACCGUCCACGUGCAUUCAUCCCACCCAUCGGCCUGGUCGGUCACUUGCAAAUUCAUCGCACAGAGACUGGUGAACCAGUGUCUGGAGCACCUAACUACACUCACAGCAUCCGCCUUCACUGUGCGCACUGCACACGCACAGGGGCCUAUUAAGCAGCAUGCAUAUUCAUGAAUACCUGUGGUAGACAACCGCUGGCUACAUAGCCCACCACAUUACUACACCUUCUCGUAACACCAUCUAUACCAAACAACAUCAACACAAAACGCCAGUAAGUCGUCAGCUCCCACGCAAUCGGGAAAUGUGGUUCUAGGCGGCUCCUCUGCUGCACGUGUGAUCGGAAUCUCAGACUAUCAGAAUGCGCCAGGCGUCGUGGCUUGGAAGGCUGAAGACCGAUGCAGUCAGCCCAGUUGGGUGAGCUGCGAGUCAGGCUGUCACGGCUUCCUCUUAGCGUGGCCGCCGACCCUCUCACACACGUGUGGUGUGUGUGUUCUUUAUGGCUAGGGCCUCUCAGUCGAUGAUUGCAUGGUUAUCCAGCCUUUGAAGAUUGAUGGCCCAGGCCUAGUGCAGGACUACUUGUCACCCUUCUAGGUUUUGAAGAUUGUAAACAUCUGCUAUGCAGUGAUGCAAACAAGAAUGACCCUUGCGGCCUGGUAUGAGCUCGCACUUCUCUGAUACCUGGUUCCCUGCUAGUAGGCGCGCUUGCGCUCUCGCUGGGUAUGCAGGUCGUGAAAAUGGCUGCUCUGUCAUGCUCGUCCUUCCGAUCCGUUGUGGUGCUGUUGUUUUUUGGUCAAAAUCUUGACCAAAUGUUUGUUGUGGACCAGAGUUGUAGUGGCACACCUAGGUGCGAGUGCAGCCGUGCCAGCCACCUGUGCCCUCUUCCGCCUCCGAUCUUCUUAACUGUGUCUUGACACGGGGUCCAGACCGGGGGGAGGGGGGAAGGGGACAGUGCGGUGUAUCCUCACUAUCAGCAUAUCGACGCACAAGUCACUGUGCCCGUUUCACCCUGUGAUGGUGCACACAGUGGACAUCGUAGUUUGUGACGGUCGAACUGUCUCACUCUCGGCCUGGGUAAACCUUGUCCAUCUAGAUGUACUUCCUUCCUUCUCAUUUGGGAAUCUUCACGAUGUCGCCCUUCGAAAGGUGACGAUUCCUUCUGAGCGCCAUACGUUUUUUCCAAUUUAUGCACUGAUCAGAUGUUGACAGUGAACAAAUUCCCACCACAUUUGCAUCAUAUUUUGGUACCGGCUUCUGGCAUUAUUUCAGUGUAACAAAUCGCCCAGGUGGCCGAACAGCUGAUGGAGAUGUACGGUUUCGUUAAGGCUUCUCUAUCCGCACUUUCAACUCCACCAGCCUCCCCUGUUGCGGUUCUAUCGAACUUGAGAUCACAAGUGGUGAAUCACGCACAAGAUUUUGCCACUCUUAGGCAGUAGGUAGCUUGCCUUUCAGUCUGCAACCCAUGGAGUCCAUCCAUACAACAAGCCCAGCAUCUUCCCUAAUCUUGACCCAGCAGAACAACACUUUGUUAGUACCAUAUCACAUUUGGUGCCAUAGGUCUUCGCUGCAUCUCUCUUUGCGCCUUCAUCUGGGAGUCGAGACCACGGGUGAUACGGGUAUGCACAAAAAUAAGUGUUACCAAUCACCCUGGAUUCUCCGGCCCUCGUCGUGCCUUCUAAAUCUGCAACAGUCUGACUGGCGGACGUUUCCUCGUGGACACCGGAGUCCAGGUUAUUGUGGUUCCUCCCAUUCUACCCGGCAAUCGCUGCCAUAACCCUGGUCUCCAUCUCCAAGCUGCAAAUCGUUCCCCCAUUCCCACAUUAAACAGCCUGUUCCUCACACUGCAUAUCAACCUUCACAGUUAAUUACCCUGGAUCUUUGUGCUUGCUGCUGUCACUAAUGCAGGCCCCGGUUCAGACCUUCUGGCCGGGUUCCAUCUCUUUGUGAACUGCCGGCGUUCUCACCUGCUCGACCGCAUGACUGCUCUACCUGUCCGCCGGCUGACUCCCUUUAAAACCUACAACUUAUCUGUCCUGGAUACAGAUAUGGCUUGCCAUUAAUGGGGUUCCUUCUCCAACAUCCGAACACUAUCAGCCCCUAGUUUUGCGGUUGCGAGGUCCAAAACAAUGUUGGACGCCACAUCCCACCUCAGGCUCGAUCUAGACGACUGGCGACGGCCCGCCUGCAGGUCGCGAAUGGGGCCAUUGGACAGUUGCUCCAACUUGACCAUCCGAGACCCCCUGGGCAUCCCCUCUGCACAUGGUGCCCUGGGCAACAUCAGGCGAUUGGCGACCCUGUGGCGACUACCGUGCCCCCUACAGCGUCACGAUUCCGAUCGUUACUAGUGCCUCGCCGUCUGGAUUUCCCCGGAGCCAUUUUCGACGAAGCCAUUUUUUCGAAGAUGGACAUUUUGCGCUCCUUCCGCCAGAUACCUGCUGCCCUAGACGAAGUCCUAAAUGCUGCCGUUUUUAUUUCAUAUAGCCGCUCUGAAUUCAGCCGUAUGCACUUGGGUCUUCACUGCGCCACCCAGAGGUUCAUCGACCGUGUCUUACAUGGCUGGCAUUUUGCGUAUGCCCACAUUGAAGACGGAAAGGCCUCCUACAUAGGACAAGGGAGUAGGUACGCCCGUCCGAAAACUUAAAGUGGAUCUGCGCAUAAUUCCUUAAAGAGCAAAAUAUUUCCGUGGCCUAACCCCAACACUAACCCUAGUAUAAAACUAAAUAAUUGCCCUAACCUUAACCCUAGCCUCAUUCCCGACCUUGGCUCUACAGUAAACACUAGCCCCCACCUUAACCCUAAACUUGGUCCUGACUUACCCUGCCGUUAACUUUAAAUCUAUUCUUAAGCCUACUCCUUUAACUAUCCUAACCGUAAACCUAUUCCCAGUUUCACUGAAAGUUGGCUCAGAACCACCCGUAUUGCAGGAAGUUUCUGCUCACAUGUCCCUGUUUAGGGGGCGACAUAAGUCGGUCCUGACUGAUGACCUCUUGGUGACUAGUCAGAAUGCUGAAGGGCACAGGGAGCACCUCACUCUGGUGCUUGACCCCCUAGACAAGUACUGCGUCAUCAUCAGCCCUUCCAAGUGCGUUUUCGGUGCGUCAUCCCUUGAGUUCCUAUGCCAUCACAUUGCUCUGAAGGCUGGCGUCCUCUGCUCUCCAAGGUAAAAGACAUUCGUGAUUUCUUCCUGCAAACUUCCAAGUGCCAGUUCCAACGUUCCUUUGACUUGGGUAACUGUCACCGUCGGUUCCCACUGAACUGUGCUGACUUCAUUCCGCGGCUCGCCAUCGUACUUUCUGGUCCCAAGGGUCCCAUCGAGCUUAUUGGUGAAGUACUAAUUACUUUUGAAAGGAUCAAGGCUUCCUUGGCGGACAUUAGCUUGCUGACACAUCCCGCUUCCGUAGCUCCUCCGCCCUUGAUGAUUGAAGUUUCGACCGCUGCCGUAGGCUCCGUUCAUCAACAGCGCCUUGCAGGUUCGACUCGACCAUCGACUUUCUUCUCCAAGAAACUCUUACUGACUGAGACGCGGUAAGGAAAAUUUGGCUGUAAACUACUCGACAUUUAUUACACCAGAAACAUUUCCGACACUUCCUUGGAGGUCAUGGUUUCACCAGUUUCAUCUAUCAAAAGCCGCUGACGUUUGCCCGUCAGUCCCACUCUGGCAGAUAUAGUCGAGAGAGGUUGCCCACCUGAACUACAUAUCACAAUUCUCCGCCGACAUCCGCUCCGUUAGUAACACGAAGAAUGAGGUGGCUGACGUACUGCCUUUACCUUGCCGCUCCGCACUCCAGCUCUCACGUACGAUCAACCUUACUGUCAUGACGGCUGAUGAACGACGAGUCAGCUGUCUAGGUGAUGAGUCCGUUCGUAGUCUCCAGCUCGUUGAUGUUCCGCUGACCCCCGAUACUGGCCCAAUCCUCCGUGACGUCUCAACUCUUUCUCAUCGUUCCUAAAUGCCAACCUCGAUGAGUUGAACUGUACUUCAGUCUCUCUAGGGACUCUACUACGCUGGGAUCUGCACUCACAAAGCUCCUCGCAGAAAGAUGCAUCCAGCGUGGCGCGAACAGGGAUAUCAGAGCACGGGUACGGUUAUGCUUCAGUUGCCAGUGGAACUAGCUAUAGCGCUGCAAAAAGUCUCCACUAGCACCCUCCCCAUUCAAAACGCACGGUUAAGCCAUGUUCCUCUUGAUGUCGUAGACCUCUUACCUCCAUUUGAAGGCUACACCCACCUUCCUACCUUUAUAGACCAAUACACACCCUAGACUGAAGUUAUCCCUCUGCCAACCGUCUGUGCGUACAUCAUCGUUAGGGCUUUCGUCGGUCGUUGGAACGUCACUUUUUUGUGCUGUAUCAACAGUUACGACUGAUUGGGGUGCCUUUUUUGAGCCUUCUGACUUCCAAGUCCUUCUUCCCUAUCAUGGAUGAACGCGCAAUCGGACAGCGGUCUAUUACCCAGAAGUCAACGACAUGUUCGAGCGUCCCCACCAUUAGUUAAAGACCACUUAUAGCACCACAGCGAACCCAACGAACUGGCCCGACAACCUACUACUUGCACUUUUUGGCGUUCGCGCGGCACUGAAGUCGGAUCUGAACUGCAACUCAGGGGGAUUGGUUUCGGGGUCUACCCCUGACUAUCAGGCGAGAUGGUUAUACCAAACUCUUGUGGAACCGACGAAUCCUAACAAAUUCGUGCAUCGUAUGCCGCAAUUUACGCGUUCGCUGUCCCCAGUUCUGCCUCGAACUCCACCGACCGAGUCUAAUACCGAGCAAGGCCUAAUCGACUGAACUCAUGGGUUCUUUCGGUGUGACCAUGUACGCAAGACCCUGGAGUCACCAAAAAAUACCGUUCCAGGUACUCUCACACAUCACCAAGAUCUGCCACAACCUAUGCGGUGACAAGGAGGACGUAAUGGGCACCGACCGGGUCGAGACUGCUGUCUCACACGGAUCACCCUGCCUGCCCCAAGGACGGAAGUGUGCUGCCCCCUGCUCAGUGCUUCUCCACCUUCCCUAUUUCCUGUUCCUCUCCCUAUCUCACCCUCAUUCCCUUCGUCCCGUCUACUCCUCGCCUCGCUAUGUUCGCAGCGUCCGACUGUAGACGCCGCCGCCGCCGCCGCCGCCGCCUCCUCCUCCCCCCCCCUCCUCCUCCUCUUUCUCAAUUCCUCUCAUCGCAGCACGCAUUCAUUCCUCUCCUCCUUCCCCUCUCGUCUGUAUCAUAAGCAGUAG